CUGCUGGAGGCUCCGCUCGCCGAGCGGCUCCGGGCGGAGGUGAGAGCGGGACCCGGAGGCGGGGGCUCCGGCCGGGCGCUGGGAUGGAGCCGUGACUCCCUAGUCAGGCUCCUUGUCAGAAGCACAAUGUGGUUUCUCAAGCACCACUGUGUGUGGCUGAGGUGAACUCAGGAGAAAGAGACCACCGUAGCAACAGCCAGGAUGACCAAAGCACGGCUGUUCCGCCUCUCGGUGGUGCUAGGUUCCGUCUUCAUGAUCCUGCUGAUUAUCGUGUACUGGGACAACGUGGGGACGGCUCAUUUCUACCUGCACACGUCCUUCUCCAGGCCUCAUGCCCUGGGCACUCCACCCACCGCUGCUCAGGAUGAAGAUCGCGAAGGCUUGUUGGACGUGGAUGAGUUUUUAGAGAAGCUACUGAGUUCUGGCCUGAGGCAGAAUGGCCCCUUGAACAGAAAGAUGGAGCAGGCCCCACUUCAGGGCUCCAGCAGGCCCGUCUUGGGCAACAUGGAGGAGAAUGUGAGAGGCUAUGACUGGUCCACCCGCAUUGCCAGAGUGAGUCUGGACCAGGAGAAGCUGCAGGCUGAGCGUCGGAGGACACUGCGUGAGUUCUGCGCCAAUUCCAGUUUCGCCUUCCCUGCUAAGGAGCGUUCCUUUGACGACAUUCCCAACUACGAGCUGAACCACCUGAUCGUGGAUGACCGCCACGGCAUCAUCUAUUGCUAUGUUCCCAAAGUGGCCUGCACCAACUGGAAGCGGGUGAUGAUCGUGCUGAGUGAGAGCCUGCUGGAUCAGGGUGUCCCCUACCGGGACCCCCUGGACAUUCCCCGAGAGCACGUCCACAACUCCAGCACCCACCUGACUUUCAACAAGUUCUGGCGCCGGUACGGGAAGUUCUCCCGCCACCUCAUGAAGAUCAAGCUGAAGAAAUACACCAAGUUCCUCUUUGUACGUGAUCCCUUCGUGCGGCUCAUCUCUGCCUUCCGCAGCAAGUUUGAGCUGGAGAAUGAAGAGUUCUACCGGCGCUUUGCCAUACCCAUGCUGAAGCUCUACUCCAACCACACCAACCUCCCCACCUCUGUUAGCGAGGCCUUCAGGGCGGGCCUCAAAGUCUCCUUCCCUGACUUCAUCCAGUACUUACUGGACCCCCGGACAGAGAAGAUGGCCCCUUUCAAUGAGCACUGGAGGCAGGUUUACCGCUUGUGCCAUCCAUGCCAGAUAGACUAUGACUUUGUUGGGAAGCUGGAGACCCUCAACGAAGACGCGGCUCAUCUGCUGCAGCUUCUCAAUGUGGACAGGCUCCUCCACUUCCCCCCCAGCUACCGGAACAGGACUGCCAGCAGCUGGGAGGAGGACUGGUUUGCCAAAAUCCCUCUGGCCUGGAGGCAGCAGCUCUACAAACUUUACGAGGCUGAUUUUGUACUCUUUGGCUACCCCAAGCCAGAAAGUUUGCUUAAAGACUAAAAGCAAUUGGAAAUGGGGGGAGGGGGCUUACCAAAAAUAUUUAAAACUUCACAGUAUCCCCCUCUUACUCUCCCAACCCAGGAAGAUAAAAUUAAGUAUAUUUUUUCUACUCAUCUCCUUCCAAAUUUGCAGGAAUCCAGGAUACUCCAGCCAGCUGUGCAUCACCAGAAGACCCUCCCCCCUCCCUUUGCAAUCAGAAGACUUCCUCGUUCACUCUGUCGGCUGUGUCCUUCGGUCCCUUUUUAUUGAUACUUUUUUAAAAUUAAUAUAUUUAAAAUAUUUAAUACAAAUUGCGUGUUGUGGUGAAGGAAGAGAUGGAGUAAAAAAAAAAGUCCCUGCC